UUACCUGUCCUUCUCGGUUUUUACUAAUCCAAGAUGGCGGACGGAAGACCAAAAUGGCUGGACAAUAAGAUCCGUGGUAUCUUAUUAGAUAUUUCUGGCGUUCUCUAUAAUUCAGGUCAGGGAGGAGGAACAGUGAUACCCGGAUCUGUUGAUGCUGUGCAACGACUAAAAUCAUCUGGUCUGAAUGUACGUUUUUGUACAAAUGAGACGCAAUGCACCCGAGAAGAACUAGUGGCCAAGCUGAACAAGUUUGGCUAUAAGCUUUUGUCAAGUGAACUGUUUGCACCAGCACCUGCAACAAGGUUUAUUCUGGAGAAAAGAAAUCUUCGACCCCAUCUGCUUAUCCACCCAGGGGGUAGGCCUGACUUUGAUGGAAUCAACUGUAAUGACCCUAACUGUGUUGUGAUUGGUGACGCUGCUCAAGAAUUUUACUAUGAGAACAUGAACAAGGCUUUUAGAGCUCUGCUGGAAAUGAAAGAUCCCAUUCUGUUUUCUAUGGGAUAUGGAAAAUAUUACAAAACUGAUGGUGAAUUGGUGCUGGAUGUUGGUCCCUUCACAAAGGCUUUAGAGUAUGCUUGCGAUGUUAAAGCAGAAAUAGUUGGCAAGCCGUCAAAGACAUUUUUCAUGACUGCUCUUGAAGCCAUGGGAGUUUCUACAGAAGAGGCUUUAAUGAUUGGAGAUGAUAUUUUGAAUGAUGUUGGAGGAGCACAGGCUUGUGGUAUCAGGGGAGUUCAAGUCAGGACUGGAAAAUUCAGAAUAUCAGAUGAAAAUCACCCUACAGUGAAACCAGAUGCAUUUGUAGACAACCUAGCACAAGCAGUUGACCUAAUAUUAAAAUACAAUACUUAGAAUGAAAACAAUAACAUUUACCAAUAAAAUUGGUAAUAAAUAGGUGAAAAUAGUGGGUCAUUUUUUAUUCCAUUAUGGCAGUGCCCACUAUAGAACUCUUUCAACUUUAUUUCAGAUCCAAGGCAUACAAAAAAAUAGACAAUGUAUAACAAAAUGUAUAACACACAUUCCAUUGGAAAAAGUGCUUAUUUUAUUAUUUCCUGUUACAGUAGCUUUGAAUCCAAGAUAUAGUUGACAACCUAGCACAAGCAGUUGACCUUAUAUUAAAAUACAAUACUUAGAAUGAAAACAAUAGCAUAUACCAAUAAAAUUGGUAAUAAAUAGAGGAAAAUA